GAGCUGGAUUGUUGCAGGCUUGGUUGUGCAGACAGCCUGGAACUUCUGCUUUCAAGGCUGUGACAGAAAGCCCAGCUCAGGCUGACGAGGCAGUGGCACGUAGGGCUGACUCAAAGUGCUGCUUGUGGUUGUUGGUGAGCCAGCAGCACAGCUUCUGUUCUCAGAGCAGACACUCCACAUCUCUGUGUAGUGCCCAGUCUUUAAUGCCUUAUAUUCAGCAACUCCUGAACCAGUUGUAGGCAGGGUUAUCCACACGGUGCUUGUCAGCAGAGAGCGGUAACCUUAAUUCAAAAAGGAUUUAUGGAAACUGUUGAAAGUAUUUGCAUGCCAUGCUGUUUUUCUUAUCAGUACGUGCAGCCCCAACUUAUUGCUGUGGUGACAGCCAGCCUUGGGUCAGCAGGCCUCUUCUGCUCCAAGCAGGGCUCAUUAGCAGGUGCUUGGUUUGCUCUCCUUGGUUUGGUGGCACAGGGAAACGUCCCCGUGUCCAACUUGUGGCUCACUGUGGUUGGUGAAACCCCUUCCUUUGGAGGUGGUCCUUGGGGCUGCUUUGGUUGCUGAUAGGUAGCAGUGGGACUUUCUGAUGCUUGGGAGUUUCCUUUGUGUGCUGCAUACUGACAGUAUCUUUUCUCACUUGUUUUCAUGCUCUUUCUGAUUGAGCAAUAACACAGUGGGUAGAUGCACGUCUGUGUGUUUUGUAGAUAAGUCCACGACUUGCUGUGUUCCAUACAAACCUGCAGAACUCUUUGGAAGGAUGAAGAACUUCCUUGAGUAAUAAAUAAAUGUGAUGAGCAGCAUUCAGAUUGGUUUGGUCACGUGAGAUGGCAGCAUCUGAGGACUUUUGUAGUACCUUGUUUUCUGAGCAAACACAAAAUGCUCAUCACAAAAACAGCUUUAGCUUGCUGUGCUUGUUGGUGGAACACUGAGCUCAGAGGGACUCCCAGUGUCAGCCCAUGACUGCAGGGCUGCUGCUGGAAUGUGUGCAGCAGAGCUUUCUGAGCAGCUCUCAGUGGAUGGGCAGCAAAACACACGGUGUUGGUGUAAGGAAGUGUAUUGCAGGAGCUGUGCUGGGCUGACUCGCUUCACCUUGCAAUGAAACCUUUAUUUUGUUUACUUUUUUCCUCAGAUUCUUUGCAUUCUGACUCUCCUGCAGGCAACAUGAAAGCACUUACAUGAGCAGUGCCUGUGUGCAGUCUGCAUUGGUGAACAGUCUGCAGUUCCCUUAUCAGUGACAGGUCCUGUUUUCCUUCUUGAUGGGAAAGGACACGUGGGGGGUGCUGGCUGCGUGGUUCUGGGGGCAAACUCUUGCUCUCUCAACAGUAAAUUAAGUUGCAGCGUUGAAGGUAUCUUUGUUUCCAAAUUCUUUUCCAAUACUACUAAGAAGUAUCCACUUCAUGCUUGAAUUGCUUGAAAUAAUUAUGUUGUAUCCUUAUCUUUUGGCCCGGUUCCUGCGUUGUAUCAGGGCGAUAUCUAUUGCAGGAUGUAUUUAGAAGCUAAAUGCUUUCGUGGGGCAUCUGAUAAUGUAAUAGUUGAGAAAAAUGUACACUGCCUGAAAUACUUUGCUGGGAGCUCAAUGCACAGAAGUGCAAAUUGGCUUCUCUUGUGUUGGGAAGUGCUCAGGAGAGCCAUACCCAGCCUGUUGGUGCUAUUCUGUGGACAGUGGUGCAUUCUUUACAUUGCAACAUUUGAGUGACUUCUGCUCAGUAAUCCUUUCUGAGGUUUAAAUUCUGAUUCUGACGUGUACAGGUUUCCUUGUGUUGUUAUCAGUGGCUGCAGGUUUGCUCUGGCAGUCAGUAGGCACCUCGGAACUGAGCAAGCUGAUACAGAGAUGUGAAGAGGGUGGGAAAAGCUGGGUGUGUUGUGGUGACAGAAGGGACUGGGGAGGAGGAAGCUCUUGGUGUUGUAAGCUCUGCAGGAGGAGAAGAACUGUUUGAGCUUUAAGGCUUGAGAGGAGCAGCUUUGCUUCUGCAGCCUGCACAGAACGAAGCAGGUGUAGAAGUUGUCCCUGUUGAGAAACAUAGACUGGAAUCACGGUCUGUUUUUAUGCAGGUGAGCUCCGGAAGAGCAGUGCUUAAAGAAAAAGAAGUUGAUAUGUGUAUAUUUACUGACUCCUCCUAAAUUCAAUUUAAGUGGUGUUUUGAAGUUUGCUAAGCCACAAGUUUUUUUAUGUAACAAGAUAAAGUGCACUGAUAGCCUCCCCUGCACACACCCCCUCCAGUUUGUGCCUAUGGAGGCUGGUGACAGCUCUGGGACCUGUUCCAGCCCUAAAUGUCCUGUGAAGGAUGAUACAGGGAGCUCCUCCCUGCACCAUGGGCAGACUUUGACCUGCAGGGUUCUGUGUGCAGGAGAUAAGGACAGGCACUGCCGUGCAGGUUUUGGAUUCUGUCAGCAUUGCAUCUGGGUCUGAUUCCCAUCACUUGGGCCCUAUGAGAAAAAGGGAAAGCUAAGGAUGCUGGAGCAGAACAAUGGAUUUCUCUUUCUCUUUCAUGCAAGGGAUCAUGGGAAACACAAUUCAGCAACCACCUCAGCUCAUUGACUCAGCCAACAUCCGCCAGGAGGAUGCCUUUGAUGCCAGCAGUGACAUUGCUGAAGAUGGUGGACAGACGCCGUACGAAGCUGCCCUACAGCAAGGCUUUCAGUACCCAACACCCACGGCGGAGGAUCUGCCCCCCAUUGCUAAUGGCUACCCGGCCACCAUCAAUAUGUACGAACCUCAAGCCAAAUUCCAGACGUACAGUCAAUAUCCCAAUGGUUCUGCCAAUGGUUUUGGUACAGUUAGAAACUUUAGUCCCCCGGAGUAUUACCACAUGGAAAACUCGAACGCGAGGCCGCAUGAAGUUCUGGAAAAGCCUUCCCCUCCACAGCCACCCCCACCCCCACCUUCAGUUUCACAGACGGUGAUUCCAAAGAAGACUGGCUCACCAGAAAUCAAACUAAAAAUAACCAAAACUAUCCAGAACGGCAGGGAAUUGUUUGAGUCCUCUCUUUGUGGGGACCUUUUAAAUGAAGUACAAGCGAGUGAGUAUGCUAAGGCAAAACAUGAAGGGAGGAAAGAGAAAAGGAAAAAAAGUAGCAAGCACGACUCUUCCCGAUCGGAAGAGCGCAAGUCGCACAAAAUCCCAAAAUUAGAACCAGAGGAACAAAAUAGACCAAACGAGAGGCUUAGCAUGCUGUCUGAAAGGCCAAGAGAAGAUGCAGUGUUGGAGGAAGCCCCGGUGCAGCAGUUCUUGCCUUCUCUUCCAACACAAGUCAGCCAUGACGUCAAGUUUCAGGUUGGCGAUCUGGUUUGGUCCAAAGUGGGAACAUACCCAUGGUGGCCUUGCAUGGUUUCAUGUGAUCCACAGCUUGAUGUGCAUACCAAAAUCAAUACAAGAGGUGCCCGUGAAUACCAUGUUCAGUUUUUUAGCAACCAGCCAGAACGGGCGUGGGUGCACGAGAAGCGAGUUCGGGAGUACAAAGGACACAAACAAUACGAGCAGUUAUUGGCAGAGGCUGCUAAGCAAGCCAGCAACCAUUCUGAGAAACAGAAGAUUCGCAAACCAAGGCCGCAAAGAGAGCGUGCUCAGUGGGAUAUUGGUAUUGCCCACGCUGAGAAAGCGUUGAAAAUGACUCGGGAAGAAAGGAUAGAACAAUACACCUUCAUUUAUAUAGACAAAGAGCCAGAGGAGGUUUUGUCAAAAGCCAAAAAGGCCGCUGCUUCUAAAUCAGAGACCAAGAAGAACCGGCGUCCAAAGCCAGCAUUGAACACCCAGCCAGAGCAUGGCAGUGUGAUAACAGGAUCACCUUCCAGUGCAGAGCUGCGAAGGCAGAGCCAACGGAGGCAGUCGAGUGCGGAAGAGGAGGAGCCACCACCUGUGAAAAUUGCAUGGAAAACAGCUGCAGCUAGAAAAUCCUUACCAGCCUCGAUAACCAUGCACAACUUGGAUCUUCAGAAAUGUAACAUGUCUCCGGUUGUUAAAAUUGAACAGGUUUUUGCUCUUCAAAAUGCUGCAGGGGAUGGCAAACUCAUCGAUCAGUUUGUUUAUUCCACUAAGGGAGUUGGUAACAAAGCAGAAAUAAGCGUCAAAGGACAAGAGAAGCUUAAUUCUUCAGCCAGCCAGAGAAAUGAAAAAGCAACGUGCAAUGUGCAGAAUGCAUCCUCUCCUGAAACAACUUCUGGGUCAGCAGGUUCUGUAGAAAAGAAGCAACAGAGAAGAUCGAUUCGAACCCGCUCAGAGUCUGAGAAAUCCACCGAAGUUGUGCCAAAGAAGAAGAUCAAAAAGGAGCAGGUUGAAAUGGUUCCACUGGCAGCAGUGAAGACAGGCCUGCAGAAAGGUGCCAGCGAGAUUUCAGAUUCUUGUAAACCUUUAAAGAAGAGGAGUCGAGCCUCAACUGAUGUAGAACUGACGAGCUCAGCUUACAGAGAUGCUUCUGACUCUGAUUCAAGAGGACUCAAUGAUUUACAGGGUAGUUUUGGAAAGCGUUCUGACAGCCCAUCAGCUGCUGUCGAUGCUGAUGCUUCUGAUGUGCAGUCAGUGGACUCCAGCUUAUCCAGGAGAGGAACUGGAACAAAUAAAAAAGACACUGUUUGUCAGAUCUGUGAGAGCUCUGGUGAGUCACUGGUGUCCUGUGAGGGCGAGUGCUGCAGCACCUUUCACAUGGAGUGUCUGGGCCUGAAGGCGAUGCCGGAGGAGAAGUUCUUCUGCACAGAGUGUAAAAAUGGAGAACACACGUGCUUUUCUUGCAAGCUCCCUGGCAAAGAUGUGAAGCGCUGCUCUGUCAGCACCUGCGGUAAAUUCUACCACGAGGCCUGCGUGCGCAAGUUUGCCACAGCUCUGUUUGAGUCACGAGGAUUUCGGUGCCCUCAGCAUUGCUGCUCUGCCUGCUCCGUGGAGAAGGACAUCCAUAAAGCAAGCAAAGGUCGCAUGGUGAGAUGUUUCAGAUGUCCCAUUGCCUAUCACUCAGGAGAUGGCUGUAUUGCUGCAGGAAGCUUAUUUGUGUCAUCCCACAUUCUCAUCUGUAGUAACCAUUCCAAAAGGAAUCACUCCUCAUCAGCUGUAAAUGUAGGCUUUUGUUUCGUUUGUGCAAGAGGGCUGGUAGUGCAGGAUCAUUCAGACCCCCUGUUCAGUUCAUAUGCCUAUAAAUCCCACUACCUACUGAAUGAAUCAAAUCGUGCUGAGUUGAUGAAAUUACCUAUGAUUCCUCCUCCUUCGUCAGCUUCCAAAAAGAAAUGUGAGAAAGGUGGAAAACUGUUGUGCUGUGAAUCCUGCCCAGCUUCCUUUCACCCUGAGUGUCUCAACAUAGACAUGCCUGAAGGAUGUUGGAAUUGCAAUGACUGUAAAGCUGGCAAGAAGCUACGUUACAAGCAGAUUGUUUGGGUCAAGCUUGGAAAUUACAGGUGGUGGCCAGCAGAGAUCUGCAAUCCCAGGUCUGUGCCUCUCAACAUACAGGGCCUCAAACAUGAUAUCGGGGACUUCCCAGUAUUUUUCUUUGGUUCACAUGACUACUAUUGGGUACACCAGGGCAGAGUUUUCCCUUAUGUUGAAGGAGAUAAAAGCUUUGCUGAGGGGCAAACUAGUAUUAACAAGACCUUCAAGAAAGCACUUGAAGAAGCAGCAAAGCGUUUCCAGGAGCUGAAAGCACAAAGAGAAAGCAAAGAAGCAUUAGAAAUUGAAAGAAAUUCAAGGAAACCUCCACCAUAUAAACACAUUAAAUCCAACAAGGUAAUAGGGAAGGUUCAGAUCCAGGUGGCUGAUCUGUCAGAAAUCCCCCGCUGUAACUGCAAGCCAUCUGAUGAGAACCCCUGUGGUCUGGAGUCCGAGUGUCUGAACAGGAUGCUGCAGUAUGAGUGCCACCCCCAGGUGUGCCCAGCAGGAGAGAGGUGUCAGAACCAGUGCUUCACCAAGAGGCUCUACCCUGAUGCUGAAAUCAUCAAAACCGAUCGACGUGGAUGGGGUCUCAGGACAAAAAGGAACAUUAAAAAGGGUGAAUUUGUGAAUGAAUACGUUGGGGAGCUCAUUGAUGAAGAAGAGUGCAGACUGCGAAUCAAACGUGCCCAUGAAAACAGUGUAACCAAUUUUUAUAUGUUAACAGUUACGAAGGAUCGGAUCAUAGAUGCUGGUCCAAAGGGGAAUUAUUCUCGCUUUAUGAACCACAGUUGUAAUCCAAACUGUGAAACACAGAAAUGGACAGUGAAUGGUGACAUCAGAGUUGGGCUGUUUGCUCUUUGUGACAUUCCUGCAGGAAUGGAGUUAACAUUUAAUUAUAACUUGGAUUGCCUUGGGAAUGGCAGGACUGAGUGUCACUGUGGAGCAGAAAACUGCAGUGGUUUCCUAGGAGUGCGUCCAAAGACAGCAUUUGCAACAGCAAACGAAGAGAAGGUGAAGAAUGCAAAAUUAAAGCAGAAGAAGAGGAAAAUAAAAACAGAACAGAAGCAGAUGCACGAAGACAACUGUUUCCAGUGUGGAGAUGGGGGAGAACUUGUCAUGUGUGAUAAAAAGGACUGUCCCAAAGCUUACCACCUCCUAUGCCUUAACCUGACUCAACCACCCUUUGGAAAGUGGGAAUGUCCGUGGCAUCAGUGUGACAUCUGUAGCAAUCCUGCAGUUUCGUUCUGUGAGUUCUGCCCUCAUUCGUUCUGUAAGGAUCACGAGAAAGGAGCCCUGGUGGCAUCGGCACUGGACGGCCGUCUCUGCUGCUCCACACAUGACCCCAAAUCUCCCGUGGCACCCGAGUACUGGAACAAGAUAAAAUGCAAAUUGGAACCUCAGAAUCCCAUAGAAGAAGCAAAGGAGUGAAUUUUUGUUUAAAAACAAACAAAAACAACAAGGGAGGGGAAGAAGAGGAGGGGCAAAUAGGAGAUGAACUUGAAGAGACUGCUAUGCCACAUUCAGUCUGUAUCAUCGGCGCUGUCUUGUGUGAACUGGGAGUGGGACCACUUACCAAGCAGAAGCAGGCAGUGGUGUUUGUUUUUUAUUGUUUGGUCUUUUACCCUUGAAUGUGCUACAAGCAGCUCUUUCUGUUGGGAAACAAACGUCUCGGCCUUCUAAAGCAAACAGUAGACCUUCUGACAGUUGAAAAGAAUACUCUGUUUAAAGAUGUUCAAGUGUAGAAAACAAAGCAUAGCAACAUAUUUAUUUAUUUAAUUUUUCAAGGAUGUUGAAGAUCUGGUUUGGAUCAGUCAGCGUGUCUUUAAAAACAAACAAAAAACAGCGAAGCCAACGUAACUCCUACGUCUAGUUUACAACAAGAACAAAACCCUCCCUGCGCUGUGUAACAUUCAGGUAUCGUGAAGACAAAAGUGGGUUUCAGACCAGGUGACUGAAAUGCCUCCAUUCCGUACUUAAUUUUUAAAGGCAGGUUGUAUAUCAUGUUUAACUUGUGAAUAUUGCUGUAAAGCUUUUCCUGUGAGAAAUAAUGUGUAUGGCUCUUUGGGAGUGCUUGUAACACAAGUGCUGAUGUCUUAAGAAGGAAGGAAGUAGUUGCUUGCUUGGAGAGCUGUAAUUGGUGGUGUUUGCAGACAGGUGGAAAUUCAGAAGGAGCUGAAUUGCACACUGGUCAUUUCUUUACUAGGAAAACCUUCCUAGUUAGGAGAGCUCCUGGCCUUGGUCGCACUGCAGCACACAGAACUGAGGUCAGCCUGCUGCCCUGGGAGCAACUGCCUCUGACUGCUUUUGGUGGAGGAUUGUUCUGUGUGUGGAUUUGUCACCUGCCAAGUUCUGCACUUGUUUGAUGGCCAUUAUGUUAUUGUGGAUCUUUAUUGCUUUCUUCUCAGACUCCCAUUGGCUCCAGAGGAAAUUCGAGUGCUUAAGGAAUCCAACCCAUCUUCAUGUUUCUUUUGAUUUGAACGUUCAUGUUGUUAGUGAAAAAGAUUUUCUGACUUCAUAACGUUCACUGUUAACAGAGCUAAGAAAAGCAAGUUAGUCCCCUACAGCACUUCAUCCAUAAGAGUGUUUGCUGAGCCAGGUAACGGGAUUCACAGCAGCCACCCUCAGCCUGGUGGGGUGUUUGUGUUCUGUAUUUCCUUUGUUAAUCUGCAGGGGAGCAGGCUGCUUCAGUGAGGUUCCUGAGUUGGCUUAGGUAGGCUCCUGCUCCAGAUUUUCUUCUGCAAACCUAUCCUAUCCUGCAAUCCUCAAGCAAGGAGCUUAGAGGGAUUAGUUUCUCCAGGCUGAAGUUGGUCUUUGAAUCUCCUCCCCUAGCCUGCAACCUUUCCAAGCGCUGCAGUCAGCGUGCUUUGGCUGUGUGCUGGUGCUGGCUUUUUGCUAAUGGCUCUUGGAGGCAGCCCUGAGCAAAAGGAAUUAAUUUGAAGUGUUGCUGGCAUCUGGCUAAAUCGAGCCUUUGAAUUAAUUCUCAAGAACCCUGUCUCUGGGAAACUGCUGACGUAAACCUGCAGGAACGUGGUGACUUCUCAGCCUGAGAAAACAGGCGAGGAAGACACACAUGGGAUUGUGGCGCUUCUGCUUCUGGCUGCUGUCCUUCUCAUUCUCAAACUUAUGGAUGGGAAGGGAAAAAAAAAAAACAAAAGUUUGUGCACUUGUGAAGGUACAAAAUACACUACAGUCCCUCAAAGCAGCCGUGGUGCCCAGCAGCUGAUCUGUCAGUGCACCUCUGAGCCUUCCUGCAGCCUGGGGGUGUCUGGGGGCGCAGCAGCGCCAGCGCUGCUGGGCUCAGCUGGUGGGAAUAUAAAGCACUUCUCGUGGUCCAUGCUGCAGUGAAUGUCUGAAACACUAAUCUUGCUUGAAAUAUUUUUUACGAAAAUAUUUACGGAAAGGAUUUUAUUUUUCUGAGCGUUUUGUGUGAUAAAUGUCUCUUUUUAAGCUCUUACUGGGGGUGUUUCACCUCCUCAGCGAUUCCAAACGCAGCCGUUGCUGCGGUGUCUGUAAGGCUUGAUGUGUUUACUUUAUUUUUAUUUAUUAGUCUUGGUAGUGUUGAAAUGAUUUUUCUCUUGGGAAGUCAGAGCAUUCCAAUGAUUACAGAUGUGCUGUAGUGUGAGUGCACCUCACUCUGUGUCCGUGCUGAGGUGUGCUGAUGCCAGAAGCCUUCGCAGCUGUUGGAGAUGGCAGUGAGCAGAACACAGCUGGUGAGCAUCAACUGCCACGUGCAACCUGUUGCUGUGAUGUUCUGCUAUGCUGCAUAGCACGGAAUGUGAAGGUUUGCAAAAGGCUUUAAAAACUUCUGAAAUGCUGUGAAUUGGGGCCUGCUGCUACUCCUGUGCCAUGCCACUUGAUUCCGGGUUAACUUUUUUUCUCAAACUUCUUACAGGUGCUCCUUUUUUUCCACUAAAAAAAAAAGUAAUAAUGAUAGCCAGCAGCUGGGCUUGGACUCAAAAGGGAAAGCAGGAAAUUGGUUUGUAAGCUUGUGCAGCUCAUGAACAAAAAUCAGAACUGGAUGUCACACUACUGGAGAGAAGGUGAAUCUAAAAUCUUAAAGGGUGAUAUGAGGAAGGAUUCAGAAUAGCUUGAUAGUUGUGCUGAGUUUGUUCUGUAUGCCACAUGCAGAGCUUUAAAACACACCUUUUCAACCACAUCUUGGUCAAUGGAGGAGAAAGAGAGUGCAAUUGCUUUGUACGAGGGGGGGAAAAGAUGUGACAGAUCUGUGUUGUGAUUCAGUGGCAUCAGCUGCCAGAUCCCAUCUGUGUGGUCUCAGGAGGGAGGGGAGCAGUGCUGGGCAGCAAAGGCCUGGAGGAAAUCCCCAGAGCUGCUCCAUUGAGCUGUGCAACCUCCUGUCCCUUAGCUGGGACGUGCAAUCCUGCUUCUCCCUUACUUUUGUCUUAUUUUUUGGAGGGAGUUGCUGUGCUUCAGGUGCACGGCCGACCCCGGAUCUCUCUGUAGUGUGCAGCAUCUGAGCUGCUCUGCUAAGUUAGCAGGACUUUGGUGUUUACUGGACUCUGUGCUCUGCAGUACGAACGCAUGGGCGUUCUGCAGAUCACAACCCAAUGGUGCAAUGGUCAAUUACUGCAGUUUCCUGCACACGUGACGCAAGCAUUAAUUAUUGUAGCUUUCAGAAUUCAUCAGACUUGUCCUGUCAAUGGACUGUAAGGAUCAAAGGCAUUAUUUGCAGCUCAGGAAGGAUGGCAUGAUGAUGAUUUGUAUGGGCAAAUUCCCUUCUCUGGUCACCACCACGGUCUGAGAGAGUUACAAUGAGGCUGGAAUGUAGAAUUUUGGCCUUUCUUCUAAAACCUUGUUAUCUUUGUUUCAGGAUAGAACGAGAGACACAAUUACUAGAUGUAAUUAACAAUGAGCAUAGAAUCUGUAUAUAUGGAGACUUUACAGAACUAUGGGGUGGGUGGGGAGGAGGGCGGGAGGGGACGUCCAGCGCUGGUACGAAGUGGUCACUUUAACAUGAAACCUCUGCCUCAUUGAAUUCAGGGUUUAAUGUACUUGAAGCUCUGCAUUCCUUAUACAGCUUAUUAUUUUUUUUUUAAUUAUUAUUAUUAUUUUAUUUAUACAUCCCUUGUUUUGUAUACGGCAUCGAAGAUGUGUUCACCUCCCUGCUGUCAGCUCUGCUCCUGUGGCACUGGACUCUGCGGUGCCGCCUGAGCGGCGAUGGCCAUUUUGUGUUUGGUCUCAGCUUUUCCCCCCUUUCCCCCCCCGCCUUACCUUCGUGUAGCAAAAUGGUUUGCACUUCUGAUACACUCCUAUCCUUUGGAUGUAUUCACAACCUUGUUCUAAGGAGGAAAAGAGAAGCUGUUUCCUGUCGUAUCGCGUUGCUGAGCGGUGGAUUCGGGUCCUUCUGCUCCAGCAAGGGGCUCUCACUGCUGGAGGAGGGGGGAACUGAGUGGAGAUCUGAGCUUUGCACAGGAGAUUAAUGGGAAUGGAUGGGAAUUAAUCUCCUUUGCACAGGUAAUUAAUGUGAAAACAAAAGGGCGCACAGCGUGCGUGACUCCGUGCCGGCUGUGAGCUCUUGGUCCCUUCUCCAGGGUGAGGAUGGGAGCCCUGCAUCGCUGCUCUGUGUCCAUUUGGUGCCACUUCUCCUUUCUCACAAAGUGAAGGCAAUGGCAACGACUGCCUGCGGGGAUCCUGGGCCUCACCGCCGACCUUCACAGCGUCGCCAUUUCUGUCCGCUUUGUUCCUCCGUACCAAACUUUGUAGGUUCUGUGAGAUGUUCUUUUAACGAAAUCACUUUCAGUCUUUACCUGCAAUGCAUCAGCAGUCACUGAAGUCACUCUAGAGCUGGGAAGCCGACCCGGAGCUCCGGGUGCUGUUCUGGGGUGUUACUGUACCAUGGUUGGUGUUUUGCCACAUAGGCUUUGAGAAAUACCAUUUUUGGGGGUUGUGUCGUUCGGCCUACGUUCUCUUGCAUAGUGUGAAGCCUGUAAAGCUCGGUUACCCUGUACAUAGGUAGCUUAUUGUCAGCCGGUUCUAGCGUACUUAGCCUUGCCUGUAAUAUUUUAGCUUCUUACUGAAUGUGUGUGAUGGUAGAACAUAUAAUUUUUGUACAUUAUAUUUACUGAGAUGUUGCCUUUUUUAUUUUACAAAUACUUUGGAAUUCAGAUGUGUUUUUGCUUCCGUGAGGAUUCAUUUGGAAAGGUUUUUAAAUGACAUUCCACCGAUUUGAACUUUUUGCUUGAGGUUGACUUCAAUAAAUCGUUCUGAAUGUUCCAACA